AUGACUUCUGUGGCUCGAGCGGGGCACUUAGCUCCUUUUUUUAAGGCCUCCUGCUCCAUCACUAAUAAUGGCCUGAAGCCCGUUGUAGCAGUCGCAGCCCCAGCAGAAAAACUGGUCGUCCAACCUUUACCAAAAACUUCGACCGUUCAGUCACUUCAUGGGGCCCUGCCAGUAAAUAGUUUGAAAGUGAGACAUGGAAAUUUCGCCCCAACUCAAGUACGUUUUGCGCAUACUGAUAUCGCUUAUCCCGACUUUUCCGCCUAUCGUCGCAAGGAGACCCAGGACCCAAAGGUUAAGGCCGAUGAAAACGUUGACCGCCGACAAGCCUUCACCUACCUUAUGGCAGGAGCGGGGUCCGUUGCUGGUGCCUAUGCCGCUAAGUCUGUGGUCACACAGUUUGUUUCAUCGAUGGCGGCCGCCGCUGACGUCUUGGCUUUAGCUAAGAUUGAAAUUAAACUUGGUGAGAUUCCCGAAGGAAAGUCUGUGACCUUCAAGUGGCGUGGAAAGCCACUGUUCAUUCGUCACAGGACGGCAAACGAAAUCUCAACUGAGAAGGCAGUCGCUGUAGACCAGCUCCGUGAUCCCGAGCAUGAUGAUCAACGCACCCAAGACCCUAAAUGGCUUGUGGUGAUUGGUGUAUGCACUCACUUGGGUUGUGUGCCCGUUGCAAACGCUGGAGAUUUUGGCGGUUACUACUGCCCUUGCCACGGUUCCCAUUAUGAUGCUUCCGGACGCAUUCGUAAAGGCCCAGCCCCACUUAACCUUGAAGUACCCCCCCACACGUUUGUAGAUGAAGGCCUCCUAGUUGUAGGUUAA